UGCUUCUUCUUCAACAGCAAGCUGAUAUGACUGCUGCCCUUUAUAUUGUAGAACUGAGCGACUAAGAGUCGUGCUCUAAUACUUAAUUUGUGUGUUGUAAAUCUCAACUCUUGGACGAUGGACUAAUGAGCAGCCCGCUGGGAGUGCAAGUAAGCCAGAGAGACGGAGUGAGAGAGGGAGAGAAAGAGAAAGAGGCACAAAAUCAGCCAGACAGACAGCGAUUCAGCUUGUCACGCAGUCAAGCCGCCGUCGAACGCACGCAGCAGCUUAACGGCUUUUAUUGGCAUUGACAGAGUGAGAGAGAGAGAGAGAGUGUGUAGGCGGGAGAGCAUGUUUGAUGUCACCUGGCUGCCCACCGCUUGCGGCUCAUUGGCGCCCGCAUUGAUACCGCCGGCUCAUAUUGUCAUCCUUUGGUACUUUUGGGAGAAUUAUGCACGCUAUGUGGAUAGGCACUUCUGUACGUGCUCCUGCUGGGACACCGUAUUCAAGGGCCCCUACGAGUCGGGAGUGGCCGCGUACAAGCACAUGUACUUCAAUGCGACGCCGAACAGCUUCAAGAUGUGGAUACUUACCGUCUUUGCGGUAAUUGCACUUUACGAGUGCAUCAAGCGGCUCAUCGCAUUGAUCCUGCAGCAGCGUGUGCGCUACUCGAUGCUGCUGCUCUUCCUGCUCUCCAUCUUCUCGCACUAUUAUGCCUGGUGGGCGUACAUCAACUACUACAACGACGAUUACUACAAUCAAUGGAAUCACCAACUGUUCUUCACGAUAACGGAGCUGUUCUCCACCGUGCUGGUGAUGCACCUGGCCAACACAACGAACGUGGUCAAGCCGAAGAAGGUGUUCUGCAUUGUGGGCAUUGCGCUGCUGCACAUUUUGGCUGGCAGUUUCGAUCAGUUCUUCAUGAAUGUGGUGCGCGGCGAGGGUGCCGCCCAUCAGGUGGUGCGCGACAUUGGCUUUAUGCUGCCGGAUCUGUUGCAUCUGAUUGUGCCGCUGUGGCUGCUGCGCCGGGCGCGCAGUGAGAGCUUCACAACGCGUCCCUUCUACCGGGAUCGGAAGCUGCAUCGGGAUAUUGUGGCCAUGCUGUGCCUGGUCUCGAUGCUGUUUGUGCUCUGCACGAUUUUGUGAGAACGAAUCCUGUUGGGCGCCUACGAAGAGGCGCACGGCAAGAUAAAGCCCGCUCAGGAUGCUGCCGUCUUGCUGCUGAAUCGCUAUCGCAUGCUGGCCAACAGCAAUGUGCACAACUAGUGGACGACGGCGACGGCUGGACUGCUUGGCGGGGAUGAACUGUGGACAAUAUGCGGCACUUGCCAGUAAGUGUGUUUGGGGGGGAGACGGGCGCAGCCACGCCCCUCGGCUUGUAGUUUUGUGCUUUAUGUUUUGCAAUUUACGAUUUGUGAUAGUUUUUCGAAGAGAGAAGAGGGGAGAUAGAGAGGGAGAACUUUUUGGGAUUGGGGCACACAGAGAAUAUCGAAGCAUAUAUAUAUACAUAUGUAUGUAUACACAUACGAGUAUCAACUAAAUACUUAUCCAAGUACAUAAUCAAUACAGCAAUCUGUUGACUUCCAUUUAGAAAUGUUGGAACAUAUCCCG